AAAAACAUGGCGGAAUACUGCAUGAAGGGAUAAUAUGGGAUGGAUAUUAAACAUAGAAAUCUAAAACAAAAUGUCUUUAUAAAAUGUCUGUAUAGGUUUCUAAACAACAAACAUAUAUAAAUAAACGUGCACAUUUCCGCAUUUGAAACGGCUGCAACGCCAAAAUAUGGCGAUAGUAACGGUAGCCAUGGCUACGUUCCAAACCGCAUACUACCGUACUAAACAGUAUAGCAGAAAACCACACGCCUUUAUAGAUGACCUAGAUUGUUUGGCGUACUAUUAAGUAGGUUAGUAUGCGGUUUGGGACGCAGCCCGAGUGGUGGCUUUUAUUUCAGUAAGCGCUUUUUAUACCCCAGCUGGGGGACAAAGUGGCCGAAAAGAAAACGAAACGAGGGUAUAAUCGGAGCACUGGCGAAUAAAAGCGACGUGUUUGGUGACAUGGGUUCUGAGCCACCAUCAUCUCCUCAGCUGGUGGAUGAAGGAGUGGAUGAGGACGAUGAAGAGCUGAGCGGAGGAGAGGAAGCCGAGCUCCGAGUUUCAUCUGGGCGGGGAUCGGUUCUGACUCGGAGAGGAAUCACACUACGCGUGCUGCUUAAAGACGGCCUGGUGGAACCGGGAGACGCCGUCCUGUCCAUACACUACCUGGGGAAGAACUUUGUGGGUGACCUGCUCACCGAUGGAAAGAUCCGAUGGGUGGAAACGGGGCAGAUCUUUAACUCCCCGAGUGCCUGGGCCACACAUUGCAAGCGCCUGGUGAAUCCUGCCAAGAAGUCGGGCUGCGGCUGGGCGUCUGUGCGCUACCGCGGUCAAAAGCUGGCCCAGUACAAAACCAGCUGGCUGCGUAAAUACCAGCCCAGUGCUGACAUGAGUCUGGCCAGUGAGGGAGAGGAUGACGAGAUGGGAGAUGAUGAAGAGGAGGAGGGGAAGACAACUAUUCUAACAGACGAAAGAAACAGGAAGUCCAAACCAGAGUUUCAUGACGUGGGCGUGGUGCACAGGAGAGGAGACCGAGAGAGAAUCCCGGUCAGAUACUGCACACUGGGGACCAGAGACAUCGCCAGAGAUCCUCACACACUGGUGGAGCUGUCGGCUUUCUCCGCCAUCAACCGCUUCCAGCCGUUUAAUGUCGCUGUCUCCAGCAACGUCCUGCUGCUCAUGGACUUUCACUGUCACUUGACUACGAGCGAGGUGGUGGGCUAUCUUGGUGGCCGAUGGGACACUACAACACAGUUGCUCACGGUUUUACGAGCGUUUCCGUGCCGCACACGAUUGGGCGACAGAGACGCAGCACCUGCUGUAGAGGAGGAGAUUUGUCAGAACCUGUUCAUGAGGGGUUUAUCAUUGGUGGGCUGGUACCACAGUCACCCUCGAGGCCCCGCCCUCCCAUCGCUGCAGGACAUUGAUUCACAGAUGGACCACCAACUCCGCCUCCAGGGCAGCAGUAAUGGCUUUCAGCCCUGCCUGGGCAUCAUCUGUGGUCCUUAUUACCAUGGAAACCAGGGUGUGGCGUCGACCAUCACUCCGUUCUGGGUUGUUCCUCCUCCAGAACAAAGGCCGAAUGAUUACGGUAUUCCAGUUGCAGUUGAAGUCACAUACGUGCAAGACAACUUUCUCACUACAGACGUCCUUAAUGAAAUGAUGAUGCUGUUAGAGUUUUAUCGAGCAGCUCCAGAUCUGGUCAAUUUUAAUCAGAUGUGGUGUUCUGAUACAUCAAUACUGGACAAAAUUAAGGCGUCCCUGAGUGGCCACGCCCCCAAAGACCAGGCCUACUCUCAAAUCCUGGAGCACGUCUACAACCAGCUGCGCAACAUGCAGUGAUGGAAACGUCCUCUCUGUUUUCUUGAUGCUUUCCUGGACAUCAUCUGUGUGUGGGAAAACACCCACAUACACACACUAAGGAACUGAGUGCUGUUGCAUCAUUAUAGCUGCCUCAUUCAUUGCGAACACUCCAUGAACAUCUUCCAUUUCUGUAGACAAAAUUGUGUGAAUAGUUUAGAAUAUAGGAGUGUUUUCUCUCAUUUUUAUCUAGAUAUUGCACACACACAAUGUCACAUGCAGCUAGUUUCCUAAUUCGGAAAAAAAUGUUGCACAUUGUCUUGGAAAACGGUCACAUUUGCAUUCUUUUUCUUAACAUACCUCAUUUUAUAACUCAAGUUGGAAUAUUUACUGUCGCGGGAAGUCAGGGUUUGAUCAUGUGUGGACUUUCUUCAUGUCCCCUGUUUCCUCAGGGGUUUCUGGUUUCCUUAUUCUUCCAAAAAAAAAUCAGUAAGUGAGUUUAAAUGGGUUUGAAUCCCAUAAGAUUGAAUAGAGGGAAAGAACAAUGACACAUUGUGAUGACAUUUUGAAAGUCUUUGUGAGAUUGAGGAGAAGUUAAUCGCUUUUUGUGAAAACGCAUCUUUCAAGUUGGCGAAUUUGAAAGAUCAAAGGACAGAGACUAGGAUAAAGCGAUACAAAAGACUAAUCAGUUUAAUCGAGUCAAAAGCGCCUCACGUACAACUCUUCAUACACUUCAUACAUUACUGUAUAAAGUAAUGCAUAUACAACAUAUUCAAAUAGUCUCUUUAACACUCAAUAAAUAAAGGUACCAAACUACUAUUUUUUACUCUUCUAGCUGUACUUCUAAUUAGCUAUUAGAGGAACGAUUUAAAUUUAGAUCAGUUCUUAACAAUAUUCAUCAAUGUUUAUUUAAAGUUUCACUGAAUUGAAGAUGAAUGUACACUGGCCUUUAUUUCUGUGAUCUUUAACACUUACUAACAAAGAUUCACAUAGAUAAGUUUUUAAGUAGUUCGUAAGUACGAUUUUUGCAGAAAAAAAUCCUUUUCAAAUCCAGAAACACGAAACUUAAGUUUUAAAGUUUUAAGACAGCUGAACAUCACAUUUUAUUUAAUUUUUUUAUUUAUGUAUUUAUUACGUUAUUUAAUUUUGUCCUGUCAUGUGCCACACUGCAGAGUUAGGAAUUAGUGUGCUUGUAUUUUUACAUGCUAUUCUUUUUACCACCUCAAUAAACUAAAACAAACAUCA